AUGCAGGAAGAGAAAAAGUCAUUUUCCGACUUUGCAUUAGACAGUUCACUCGUGGAAGAGCUAGAAAAGAGGCGGAUCACGCAGCCCACGCCGAUACAGGAGCUUAUACUUAGCAGGCUUCCGGUGAAAACAGAUAUUGUGGCCAUGUCAAACACCGGAACUGGGAAGACGCUGGCAUACUCUCUUCCGAUUCUCCAUUCUCUGUUGAAUGAUGACAAAUACUUCUAUGCAAUAAUAAUCCUCCCGACGCGAGAGCUCUCCCAGCAGGUGCAUGCAGUGCUUUCUGACAUUGGAGGGGAAAUAGGCCUGCGGACCACGCUUCUUAUAGGAGGCGUGGAUCUGCUGACCCAAGGGAAAAGCCUCGCCAAUCGGCCACACAUCAUUGUAGGAACUCCAGGCCGAAUCCACCAUCAUCUGAAAAACACAAAGGGGAUUACCUUUACGUCCUUCAAGUAUCUGGUCCUGGACGAGUGCGACCGGCUUCUGGACAACGACUUUGACGGGGACAUUGGAAGCAUAUUUGAAAUUGUGUCGCCAAAGCACACGCUUCUGUUCACAGCCACCAUGACGAAAAGAGUGGCCGCCUUCAAAAGCAAGAGAAUGAACAGCCCGGUCACACACAGCGUGCAUAGCCCGGAGUGCGUUCCAGAGGACAUUUCCCAGCAGUAUGUGCAUCUUCCGCAGAAGCACAAGGAGGCUUAUUUAUACAGCAUAGUGAGGGGGCUCGGGUGCAGAAAGUGCAUCGUGUUCGUGGGCACGUGCGUCACCGCGGAAAGGCUUGAGAGAAUGCUGCGCUGUCUGGGGGAGUCUGUGUGCAGCAUCCACGGAAACAAGGUGCAGGCUGUUCGCACAGAAACCAUAGAAAUGUUUAGAAGCGGGAAGUACUCUGUGCUUAUAUCCACAGACGUGGUGGCAAGAGGCAUGGACAUGGCCGGCAUAAAAACAAUCAUAAACUACGACAUGCCGGACGGAGUGAAGGAGUACAUCCACCGGGUUGGAAGAACAGGAAGAGCUGGAGAGACAGGAGGCGCCAUUACAUUUGUAACACAGUACGACGUGGAGGACUUUAGGCGGCUUGAAAUAAAGCUGGGCAAAAAGAUGGACAUUUACUCAAUAGGGGCCGAGGUAAUCCACGGGCUGCUGGAUGCAGUAGACAGCGCCAAGCGAGAGGCCGCCAUGGACAUGAAGGAGGAAGACGUCGGGAGAAAAAUAAAGGAGGCCAAGAAGGGCAGGCAAGGCAUAAAGAGCAGGACGGGCAGAAGAGAAAACCGAAAAAAGUAG